GAAGAUAAAUUUGUGGCUGAAAAAAAGAAUGUCGGCUGAAACUAAUUUAAUGGGGAAUUCGAGAGGAGAACAUGGCGUCUCGUUGAAGGCUUACUCCGUGGAGGCAAGUGGCAUUUAUCAAGACAUCAAUAAUAAUAAAAUGGAGGUUCAUGAUGUUAAAGCUCAAAUUGAAUUGAAGUGGAAUUGUGAAAUGAAUUACAAUGUAAGUGGCAAUGGUAGUUGCCCGAGUGUGGGAUCAAACAAAGAUGAACUGGUGGUACAGAAAGACGUGAAUGCAGGGCCUGUAACAAAAUCUGAAAUUGCCAAACCUUUGCCAAAACUUAAGCCAUUUAAAUGCCGUUACUGCGAGGAUUCCUUUGAAUACCAUGAAGUGUUAAUAAAACACACCCAACAUGUUCAUCAACAACUAAUACCUUUCAAAUGUAAGAUGUGUAACUUCUACACUUGUUUCAUAGAAAGUCUGUGUAAACAUUACAAAAAAGUACACAAACAGAAGGAUUUGGAGAAUCGUUUGUACAGGACAAAGGAAUUACUGGCCAUAUCUGCUGAUGUUGAGAUACUUGAUGAGAUAACUCACAAAUGCAUUAAUUGUGAUUUUCAACUCAUACACUAAUUGAAAUGAAACAACAUCUCAAUAUGGAACAUGAUAUGGAGGAAGAUGAUAAAAAAAUGUUUAUAACUCUGUACAACUGUCCAUCAUGCUAUAGACAAUUUAUGGAAAAAACUUCGUUGAAAAUUCACUUUUCCUUGGCCCAUAACAGCCAAGAAACCGUACCCAAUAUGCCCAAUGAACAUUGUUGUGAAAAUUGUGGAAAAAUGUUUCAUCGCCGAUCCGGUUUGGCAGCCCAUGAACGUUGCUGUAAAUUAAACGAGCCCAUUUGUUGUACAUUUGUAAAUUAAAAUUUUACACUGUUCUCAAAUAUGAAACACAUCUGAAUUCCGUGCACUAUGUUGAUGUUCGACACGAAUGUGAAAUAUGUCACAAAGUUUUUAUGAAUGCUUCACAUUUGGCGGUACAUCGUCGACGACAUAAUCAGCGUUAUCAUCAGUGUCAUUUAUGUACGAAAAAUUACAUAAAUAAUGCUGAGCUACAGGUACAUUUGCAACGUAUACAUAACAAACUGCCGAGGAGGAAUGAAGGCGAGCAACAAAAAAUGACAAUUCCCAUGAAAUGUAAAUAUUGUCCAUAUACCACAAAUUCCAAAUUUGCCAUGGAGGUACAUCAAUACCGGCACACUGGGAAACAGUAUAAAUGUAAAAAAUGUUCGAAAAGUUAUGUCCUAAGAAGAGACAUAAAACUUCACUGCAAACAAUUGCAUGCUCUUGAUAUAACCGAUGAAGAAUUGACCUCGAUGUUGAAGGAUAAACAUGAUUAUGUCAGCCCUUUAGAUGUAUUCCCUAAGCGUAACAAUGACUUACAAAUUAAUCCUGUUAAUGACAUCGAUUUGGAAAGGGAAUUGAAGGAGUUCGACACAACAU